GCCUAGACUUGCAACUACUUGUUACUUGUAUUAUAGGAUUUUAAUUUUUGCUUACUACUGUAUUCUUUGUUGUUAUUCUCAGUUCUUAGAAUAACUAUUUCACAAUGCGCAACGUAGAAAUCAAAGCAAGAAUAACCGACUAUGAAAACAUUUGUAAAGUGGCUGCAGAACUCAGUCAAUCAGAGGGAACCAUUAUAAAGCAAGACGAUACUUUCUUCCGAGUCAACGAGGGACGGUUAAAGAUGCGUUUCUACGCGGACUCCUCGGCUACACUAGUGCGUUACGAUAGAGACGACGAAGGCGGACCAAAGCUUAGUAACUACGAGUUGUUGGAGUUUUCGGCGAAUGAAAGUGAGAAGGCAUUGCUACUGGAUAGUAUGCUGAGGAAAUGUUUGGGGGCGCGAGGACGUGUGGUCAAAGAGCGUAAGCUCUACAUGGUCGGCCAGACCCGAGUCCACAUAGACACCGUCCAAGAUCUCGGGCACUUCAUGGAGUUGGAGGUGGUGCUGAGGCCUGAGCAGACGCUGGACGACGGCCAGGCCAUCGCUCGGGAAUUGCAGACCAAACUUGGAGUUAAGGACGAGGAUCUGAUUGAGUGUGCCUAUGUUGAUCUGUUAGAUAAGAAGUAGGAUUGUCAUUAUUGCAAGAACAGACAAACAUUGUAUUGCAUGAUGCAUGCAGAGCAAUUGUACUUUCAAUAACUGAAAAUAAGCCUUAUGAACGUUAUAGAGAAUUAAUGGUAAUAGAGAGAUGAAAUCUAUGAAAAAAACGUGCCAAACUUGGCGCUAAACUAUAUGUUUUGCGAUCACCGAGUUGUCAAACAUCAACUUUUGACAUUCAGAGUUACCGCAAAAUGUAUGGAGCUUUACAGCGCCAUCUCGUUUACCUGUCCAAUUAGAAGCACAAAAUUGUCUUAGAUUUUACGCAUCUUAUCAAUGUAUCUUUGACGUUACUAAAUAAUUAAAUAUACAUAAACUCAGAUAUAUGAUGGUUGGAUCAUUUUAUGGGUUCCGUACCCAAAGGGUAAAACGGGACCCUUUUACUAAGACUCCAAUGUCCGUCUGUCGCCAGGCUGCUCAUGAACCGUGAUAGCUACACAGUUGAAAAUUUUGUGUACAGUUGCCGCUAUAACAACAAAUACUAAAAAGUAUGGAGCCCUUGGUGGGCGAGUCCGACUCGCACUUGUCUGGUUUUUAAGUCUCUAAAUGCAAAAAGAUAAGUAAUAUAAGUCUACUGUUUCCAUGAAACUUAAUUUUGUGUUAUUAAGCAUUUAAAUUGUUUAAUUGUAUGCAUUUAGAUUAGUUUUGUUUUUUUUUUCUAUUGGCUCUUGAUGGGUUAAAUUAGGGUUAAGAUAAUAAAGGCUGUAAUUACUUGUAAAAGUUUAUUAAAAUAAUGAUAAUUGUCUUUACUUAUAAAUAAAUGUUUUGUUAAGGGUGUUGA